AUGCAGGUAUCUUAUCUAAAUCUAGAUGAAGAUGUGAUUCUAGAUAUGGAUGCAUACUCAAGAAGGAAAAGACCAGCAGAUUUUAAAAAGAGAAACCUUUUGCGCAAAAACCUUUCAGACCAAGCUCAGAGGAAAAAAUGCAAAGGCAGUGACUUAAAAAAAAUUUCCUUAAAUGAGCUAAAAGUCGUGACGGCAGCUAUGCACAGUGCCCUACUUGUACUAUGCAGCUGUCAGCCAAUCAUGGUACUCACAAGAGGACAAACAUGA